AUGCUUAGGCAACGGAUGAGAUGUGAUGCCCCUCCUUUUUCACCAGCCGAUUAUGAUCAUAUUAUGCAAUGUGCUGAAAAAAAGCCUAGAGAUAAAGUUUUAAAGGAUUUAACAGAUAAAUAUCGAACAUCACAAAAACGUAUUUAUCAGAUCUGGAGAGGUGAAGAAAAAAAUAGGGUUGUCUGGAAUCAACCAAUUCAUAUGCCAACAGCUUUGCUUUCUAAUAUAAAUGUUGUGGAUGGGCGGACUGAGCCAGAGACCCAAGGCCAUGAUGUUUCUCCAUUUACAGAAUUGGAAAAAGAAAUAC